AAGAUAGAGGUUUGGUUGUUUGAACACGUGGCUUUCCGUAGGUAUCUCCCUCCACGCAGAGGCAGAGCGAUAUGGAAGCAACGGCAACCAUAUAUAUAAAAUAUAAAAAAAAAAAAAAUAGUUUCAAGUUCCAACCCAACCCAAUCUCACUGACUCAGUAAGAUGCUUUUGAUAGUAAGACCCUGUUCUUCUUCCGUGAGUAUUCAUCAUUUUCAGCCCAAGCCGCAGCGUAGCAGAAACGUCGUCGUUAGAUGCUCCUUGAGCAGCGUGGAAGAGAAAAGAGGAUUGGAUUCGGAGCUGCAGGCUUCGGUGCCGUUCCCUCCGAUCAGGGUGGCGAAGAGAGUGGUUCUGGUGAGGCACGGGCAGAGCACGUGGAACGCGGAAGGGAGGAUCCAAGGAAGUUCCAAUUUCUCGGUUCUCACGAAGAAGGGCGAGUCUCAGGCCGAGACUUCGCGCCAAAUGCUCAUCGACGAUCACUUCGAUGCAUGCUUCGCUAGUCCUUUGGCUCGAUCCAAGAGAACCGCUGAAAUCAUUUGGGGACCUCGCCAAGAGACCAUCGUUCCCGACAUUGACUUGAGGGAAAUCGAUUUGUACUCCUUUCAAGGUCUGUUGAAGCAUGAAGGGAAAGCGAGAUAUGGUGCUGCUUACCGUGAGUGGCAGGUGGAUGCUGCGAACUUCAUGAUUGAUGGCCAUUAUCCUGUUAGAGAGUUGUGGGACCGUGCUAGAAGCUGCUGGACUAAAAUCUUAGCUCAUGAUAGCAGGUCUGUUCUUGUGGUUGCUCACAAUGCUGUUAAUCAGGCUCUUGUUGCCACAGCAAUUGGUUUGGGGGCAGAGUAUUUCAGAACAUUACUUCAGAGCAAUUGUGGUGUUAGUGUGCUGGAUUUCAUCCCGAGACCUGAGGGUGGAUCUCCACAUAUUUGCCUUAACCGCUUAAAUCAGACCCCUGGUUCGCCUGUUGCUGGUGGGAAAUCUGCAGGUAGAGAGACAAGUAGGCGAUUUAUACUUGUUUGUAGUGGAUCAACACAAGGAAAUACAGAGGAUGGUUUUCCUUUUGCUGGUGAUCAACCAUUGAACAUGCUUGGUGUCAUACAGUCCCAGAAAUCUGCAGAGCUACUUCUUGAUUUGAAAGUGAAUUCCAUAGUUAGCAGUCCUAACAAAGCUUGUGUUGAGACAGCCGUGGCCAUCUCCAAGGUGCAAGAAGCUGCAGAUUGCUUGGGUGCUGACUGUGUGCCUCGAUAUGUUGAGAUGAAGCAGAUGGGGAACCUUGAUGUUGAAACUAUCUUCAAACAAACCAACACGGAUAUAUCCAAUUUUCCACCAUUUCAACCUGGGUGGUUAAAUAGAAUUGAUGAUGGGUUGAGAACAAAAUUAUGGGAUCAAUCUGGGAAAGCCUGGCGAUCGCUAUUGGAUGAAAUAUCUGACGAAUCUAGGCCAGAAGAAGUUGUAGUUGCAGUUGGUCAUCCUGCAAUCCACAUAGCACUAAUGGGGCACUGCCUUAAUUUGACAAAAGAAUGGUUGGGAUCAUUUCAUCUUGAUGCAGGGAGCGUGAGUGUUGUUGACUUCCCUGAUGGACCUAAGGGAAAAGGUGUCAUCAGGUGCAUAAAUUACACUGCACAUUUGGGGAGAUGGUCCAUACCUAUUACUAGAUCAACAGAGGAUGGUGAAGAGUUUUAACUGUAUAACUAGAGAGAAAUUAAAUUGAAAUGACACCCCAUCACCCAAGUGUGGAGUUUCAGAGGCUCAAUGUUAUCAUGAUUGUUGAAACUUUAAGGCAUGAUCAUUGAAUCUUAUAAGGUCUUAGCCAGGGGGGUGACCUGGGAUGUGACAGCACGGUUUUUCUUGCCUUCCUCGUAAUGAAAGCUAUAUAUAUAUACAUGACUUGGUCUGAUGUGUGCAGUUCAUAGCACCAAUCGCCCAAGAUUACUUUGUCAGUGGUUUUGAAUAUUCUAAUAGCAAUUCUUGAUAUUGUUGCUAUAUACUGUUUGAUGAAUGAUGAUUGCUGGCUAUGUUCAA